AUGGGGUCUCUGCUUCCCCUCUCGCUGUUGAUUUUACUAGUGGCCGCCUAUCCCGAAGGCGGAAGAGCGCGGAGGAGCCGCCGGGCACUGGGAGCACAAGGUCUCGCUCUGCGUGGCAGCUCUCCAGCUCCCUUCUGGGUGCGUCUAAGCCCGGAGUUCACAGCAGUGCCCCCCGGGGGCUCAGUGUGGCUCAACUGCAGCAGCAGCUGCCCCCUUCCAGAGGUUUUCCGCCUCCACACCCUUCUGCUGAGGGGCAAAACGCUCAGCGGGCGGGGUUGGGUAGCCUACCAGCUGUUGGAUUUGAAAGCCUGGAGUUCCGACGUGCACUGCUUCGUCACCUGCGCAGGAGAAACGCGGGGUGCCACCGCCAGGAUUACCACCUACAAGGUGCCGCGCAGCGUGAUCCUGGAGCCUCCCGUCUUAGUGGGCAGUGAAUACACCCUGCGCUGCCACGUGACACACGUGUUCCCCGUGGGCUUGUUGGUGGUGACUCUGAGGCGCGGUGGCCGAGUCAUCUACUCCGAGAGCCUGGAGCGCUUCACGCGCCUGGAUCUAGCCAACGUAACACUAACUUACGUGUUAUCCACCGAGCCACGCGAUUCCUGGUUGCCCGUGACCUGCCACGCACGCCUCAAUCUCGACGGCCUGGUGAUACGCAGCAGCUCAGCGCCCAUAACUCUGACAGCCUUCGCUUGGCACCCCGCAUCCAAAGCCUUGGCUUUCACCUCCAUCGCAGCCCUUGUGGGGAUCCUUCUCGUUAUUGGCGUUGCCUACCUUCGAAAGUGCCUAUUGACACAGUCCCAGACAUAGAGAGGUGAUCCAUACCGGCUGAGCAGGAAGAAAAAGAAAUUCGAACAAUUCGGGGU